AUGGACUGUUCUGAUUUUGACAAUGCCAUACACUGCUCUGUGACCCGUGGCUGCAAAUGGGAUCCAUCUGCUGAUCCUCUGGAUAUGGAUUCCUUGGGUGAAUAUAUGACAUACUUGGUCGUUCAUGGUGUAUCUAAUGCGGAGGAUUUCAUCGAUGACGAUUCUCCUCAAUCGAGAGCUCUGCAGUUUAUUGCUGUAGAUGAUGGAUUGAACUUGAGUGUCCCUGAUGGAGAUCUUGAUACGCCUGAAGGAUAUGAAUUUGUUACUCGAUACGCCCUCACCGUACUCUACUACUCAACAAUGGGGGAUAGAUGGGUCUACACUCUGAAUUUCUUGCGUCCCUUAUCUGUCUGCUACUGGUAUUCAGAGUUGCAAUAUCCAGACGAAAGUUCAGAAUUUAGGGGUGUCUAUUGUGAACGGGGUGAAGGCGAACCUCUUUCUCUGCUUCUCGAACGACAAAAUAUGGAAGGCUCCCUUCCAGCUGAAAUUAGUUUUAUUACCUCCUUGACAGACAUUGACGUGGACUUCAACAUGCUCAGUGGUUCCAUUCCAGAAUCGUACGGACAGCUCACCGGUUUGACCAACUUUUAUGCUAGCAGCAACAGGCUUGUAGGCUCUUUUCCAGCUUGGCUGGUGGACCUUGGACAAUUGGAAAACAUCAACUUGUCUCAUAAUUACUUCACUGGAAUGUUGCCCUCUUCCAUUGGCACUAUGGAGAGCAUUAUAGGGAUUGCAAUCGACAACAAUCUUUUUGAUGGCGGUAUUCAAGAUGCCUUCGAUACGUCCAUGAUCAAUGGGUUGCGCAAUCUGGAACAGUUCUACAUUGAAAACAAUCAAUUCACCGGUGCUUUAGGCCCCAACUUCAUGAAGAACUUGACAAAGUUGGAAUACUUGGAUAUCUCGGACAAUUAUUUCAAUGGCACCGUCGAUGUUCAUCUCUUUGAAUUGCCUCAGCUAAAGGUUUUGGACCUACAUGACAAUGAAUUUGACACCCUUCCAGAUCAGUUCCCCGUGCACAACAACUUCACUUUCUUGGCCCUGCAAAAGUGUAACUUCUCCAGCCAGACAAUUCCAUCUUCCAUUUCUAACUUGAGAGCCCUCAAGCACCUGGAUCUCUCCCAGAACGAGUUCACUGGUGAAAUCCCUUCUACAAUUGGAGCCAUGACAGAUUUGACUUAUCUCUUUUUGGCUGAAAAUGACUUUGUGGCGAACAGUAUUCCAGGCUGGAUUGAAGGCCUUGCAUUCUUGGAAGAACUCUCUUUGAAGUCAACGCAACGCACUGGGACUAUUCCCAGCUUCCUGGGUGACUUGACCUAUCUUGUCCUUUUGGACCUGGACAACAACAAUCUUGUAGGGAACAUUCCCUCUGAGCUAGGAAAUCUGAGUGAGCUCCAUGUGUUGCUGUUGAACAGGAACAACCUUACUAGUACGAUCCCUGACUCCUUUGCUGACUUGAGGAACCUGAAACUUAUAUUUCUGGAUGCCAACGACGACAUUCAAGGCGACCUUGAUGCUCUUUUCUGUUCCAAUCCACUGUUUCUCAUCAAGCCGGUAAUUGUGGCAUCAUGUGAUGUGUGUGAUGCUGCGGCCUUUGACUGCUGCACUUCGUGCUGCGAAGGAACAUCAGAAUGCAACCCUGGAAUACAUGUCCCGGACCUCGAUCCAAUUUGGCAGCUGAAUUACGACCGUGUGUUCUUUACUUUUGCCAGAGAGGACUUCUUUGACAAGAAUAAGGAACCACUCGAAGCAGCCGUAUCGAGGGCUGGGGACUCGGUACCUUGA